AUGGGCGGGGCAGUGGCUCUAGUACCAUUUCCCAGCAGUAAAGCUGGGGACUGCUGCGUCAAGGUGGCCGUCAGGAUCCGGCCGCAGCUGUCAAAGGAGAAAAUCGAGGGCUGUCACAUCUGUACCUCUGUCACCCCGGGGGAGCCCCAGGUGCUGCUGGGGAAAGACAAGGCCUUCACUUAUGACUUUGUCUUCGACCUGGACACCUGGCAGGAGCACGUCUAUGCCACCUGCGUGCGCAGGCUCAUCGAGGGCUGCUUUGAGGGCUACAAUGCCACCGUGCUGGCCUACGGGCAGACGGGGGCCGGGAAGACGUACACCAUGGGCACUGGCUUCGACACGGCCACGACCGAGGAGGAACAGGGCAUCAUCCCGAGGGCCAUCGCGCACCUCUUUGGGGGCAUCGCUGAGCGCAAGCGACAGGCACAGGAGCAGGGCGUGCCCGGGCCAGAGUUCAAAGUCAGCGCUCAGUUCCUGGAGCUCUACAACGAGGAGAUUCUGGACCUGUUCGAUGGCACCCGCGACCCCGACGCCCGCCACCGCAGGUCCAACAUCAAGAUCCACGAGGAUGCCAACGGCGGCAUCUACACCACAGGCGUCACCACCCGCCUCAUCAACUCCCAGGAGGAGCUGAUCCAGUGCCUGAGGCAGGGCGCCCUGUCCCGCACCACGGCCAGCACCCAGAUGAACGUGCAGAGCUCCCGUUCCCAUGCCAUCUUCACCAUCCACCUGUGCCAGAUGCGCGUCUGCGCCCAGCCUGACCCGGUGAAUGAGGCCGUGCCUGGGCUUCCUGAGAGCGCAGCGCCCACGAGGGAGUAUGAGACGCUCACGGCCAAGUUUCACUUCGUGGACCUGGCCGGCUCGGAGCGGCUGAAGCGGACGGGGGCUACGGGCGAGCGGGCCAAGGAGGGCAUCUCCAUCAACUGUGGCCUGUUGGCCUUGGGCAACGUGAUCAGCGCCUUGGGGGACCAGAGCAAGAAGGUUGUCCACGUGCCCUACAGGGACUCCAAGCUCACCCGGCUCCUCCAGGACUCGCUAGGAGGCAACAGCCAGACCAUCAUGAUCGCUUGCGUGAGCCCCUCAGACCGGGACUUCAUGGAGACACUCAACACACUCAAAUACGCCAACCGAGCCCGAAACAUCAAAAACAAGGUGGUGGUGAACCAGGAUAAGACCAGCCAGCAGAUCAGCGCGCUGCGGGCCGAGAUCGCGCGUCUGCAGAUGGAGCUCAUGGAGUACAAGGCGGGCAAGCGAGUGAUCGGGGAAGACGGCAGCGAGGGCUACAGCGACCUGUUCCGUGAGAACGCCAUGCUGCAGAAGGAGAACGGAGCCCUGCGCCUGCGGGUGAAGGCCAUGCAGGAGGCCAUCGACGCCAUCAACAGCCGGGUCACCCAGCUCAUGAGCCAGGAGGCCAGCUUGCUGCUGGCCAAGGCCGGUGACGGCAAUGAGGCCAUCGGCGCUCUGAUCCAGAGCUACAUCCGGGAGAUCGAGGAGCUGCGGACAAAGCUCCUAGAGAGCGAGGCCAUGAACGAGUCCCUGCGUCGCAGCCUCUCUCGGGCCUCGGCCCGGGGCCCCUACUCCCUGGGUGCUUCUCCGGCUGCCCCGGGCUUCGGGGGCAGCCCAGCCAGCUCCAUGGAGGACGCCUCCGAGGUGAUCCGCAGGGCCAAGCAGGACCUGGAGCGGCUCAAGGAGAGGGAGGUCAGGCAGCGGAGAAAGAGCCCAGAGAAGGAGGCCUUCAAAAAGAGGGCGAAGCUCCAGCAGGGGAACAGCGAGGAGACCGAUGAGAAUGAAGACAACGAGGGAGAGGAGGAGGAGGAAGACCCAGAGGAGAGUGGCUGUGAGGAGGAAGACUCGGGCAGCGAGGAGAGCCUGGUGGACUCAGACUCGGACCCCGAGGGGAAGGAGGUGAACUUCCAGGCCGAUCUGGCCGACCUGACCUGCGAGAUCGAGAUCAAGCAGAAGCUGAUCGACGAGCUGGAGAACAGCCAGCGGCGGCUGCAGACGCUCAAGCACCAGUACGAGGAGAAGCUGAUUCUGCUGCAGAACAAGAUCCGCGACACGCAGCUGGAGCGCGACCGGGUGCUGCAGAACCUCAGCACCAUGGAGUGCUACACCGAGGAGAAGGCCAACAAGAUCAAGGCGGACUACGAGAAGAGGCUGCGGGAGAUGCACCGGGACCUGCAGAAGCUGCAGGCCGCCCAGAAGGAGCAUGCACGGCUGCUCAAGAACCAGUCUCGCUACGAGAGGGAGCUGAAGAAGCUGCAGGCCGAGGUGGCCGAGAUGAAGAAGGCCAAGGUGGCCCUGAUGAAGCAGAUGCGUGAGGAGCAGCAGCGGCGGCGGCUGGUGGAGACCAAGAGGAACCGGGAGAUCGCACAGCUAAAGAAGGAGCAGCGGAGACAGGAGUUUCAGAUCCGAGCUCUGGAGUCCCAGAAGCGACAGCAGGAACUGGUUCUGAGGAGAAAGACCCAGGAGGUUUCUGCACUGAGGCGCCUGGCCAAGCCCAUGUCUGAGCGGGUGGCGGGGCGUGUGGUACCAAAGCCACCCAUGCUGGACUCGGGGGCUGAAGUGUCAGCCAGCACCACCUCAUCGGAGGCUGAAUCAGGGGCCCGCUCUGUCUCCACCAUUGUGCGCCAGUGGAACCGAAAGAUCAACCACUUCCUGGGGGACCACCCCGCAUCCACAGUCCACGGCACCCGCCCCACCAGAAAGAAGUUCCAGAAGAAAGGGGCCAGCCAGAGCUUCAGCAAGGCUGCGCGGCUCAAGUGGCAGUCCCUGGAGCGGAGGAUCAUUGACAUUGUCAUGCAGAGGAUGACCAUCGUCAACCUGGAGGCAGACAUGGAGCGGCUCAUCAAGAAAAGGGAGGAGCUGUUCCUCCUGCAGGAGACUCUGCGGAGAAAGCGUGAGCGGCUGCAGGCCGAGAGCCCGGAGGAGAAGGGGCUGCAGGAGCUGGCGGAAGAGAUUGAGGCGCUGGCGGCCAACAUUGACUACAUCAAUGACAGCAUCUCCGACUGCCAGGCCACCAUAGUGCAGCUGGAGGAGACCAAGGAGGAGCUGGACUCCACAGACACAUCCGUGGUCAUCAGCUCCUGCUCCCUAGCCGAAGCUCGCCUCCUGCUGGACAACUUCCUCAAGGCAUCCAUCGACAAGGGGCUGCAGGUGGCCCAGAAGGAGGCCCAGAUCCGGCUGCUGGAGGGACGACUGAGGCAGACAGACAUUGGGGGCUCCUCCCAGAACCACCUGCUCCUGGAUGCCCUGCGUGAGAAGGCGGAGGCACACCCCGAACUGCAGGCCCUCAUCUACAACGUGCAGCAGGAGAAUGGCUAUGCCAGCACCGAUGAGGAGGUCUCAGAGUUCUCCGAAGGGAGCUUCUCCCAGUCGUUCACCAUGAAAGGUUCCACCAGCCACGAUGAUUUCAAGUUCAAGGGCGAGCCCAAACUGUCUGCCCAGAUAAAGGCCGUGUCCGCCGAGUGUCUGGGGCCCCCACUGGACAGCUCCACCAAGAACAUCACCAAGUCCCUGGCCUCGCUGGUGGAGAUCACAGAGGACGGGGUGGGCCUCUCCAUCCGAGACCCCUACUACCGGGACAAGGUCUCACGCACCGUCAGCCUGCCCACCAGAGGGAGCACCUUCCCCCGGCCAUCCCGAGGCACCGACACAUCCCCUCUGACCCGAAGGAAGUCAUACGACCGAGGGCAGCCCGUCAGGUCCACAGAUGUGGGAUUCACCCCCCCCUCAUCCCCUCCCACUCGGCCACGCAACGAUCGCAACGUCUUCUCCCGUCUGACCAGCAAUCAGAGCCAAGGGUCGGCGCUGGACAAGUCUGAUGACAGCGACUCCUCUUUGUCGGAGGUCCUGAGGGGUAUCAUCACGCCGGUUGGAGGAGCCAAGGGUGGGCGGACGGCCCCGCUGCAGUGCGUCUCCAUGGCCGAGGGCCACACCAAGCCCAUCCUCUGCCUGGAUGCCACGGAUGAGCUGCUCUUCACGGGGUCCAAAGACCGCAGCUGCAAGAUGUGGAACCUGGUCACGGGGCAAGAGAUCGCGGCGCUGAAGGGCCACCCCAACAACGUGGUCUCCAUCAAGUACUGCAGCCACUCAGGACUCGUGUUCUCCGUGUCCACCUCCUACAUCAAGGUGUGGGACAUCCGGGACUCGGCUAAGUGCAUCCGCACCCUCACGUCCUCGGGCCAGGUGACCUCAGGUGAUGCCUGUGCGGCCACGUCCACCCGCGCCCUCACCAGCGCUCAGGGGGAGCACCAGAUCAACCAGAUUGCCCUCAGCCCCUCAGGCACCAUGCUGUACGCCGCCUCGGGCAACGCUGUCCGAAUCUGGGAGCUCAGCAGGUACNAGCCAGUCGGCAAGCUGACGGGCCACAUCGGCCCGGUGAUGUGCCUAACGGUCACCCAGACAGCCAGCCAGCACGACCUGGUGGUGACUGGCUCCAAGGACCACUACGUCAAGAUGUUUGAGCUGGGCGAGUGCGUGGCUGGCACCAUCGGCCCCACCCACAACUUCGAGCCCCCGCACUACGAUGGCAUCGAGUGUCUGGCCAUCCACGGGGGCAUCCUGUUCAGCGGCUCCCGGGACAACGGCAUCAAGAAGUGGGACCUGGAGCAGCAGGAACUCAUCCAGCAAAUCCCCAACGCGCACAAGGACUGGGUGUGCGCUCUGGCCUUUGUCCCGGGCCGCCCCAUGCUGCUGAGCGCCUGCCGUGCCGGCGUCAUCAAGGUCUGGAACGUGGACAACUUCACGCCCAUUGGCGAGAUCAAGGGCCACGACAGCCCCAUCAACGCCAUCUGCACCAACACCAGGCACAUCUUCACCGCCUCCAGUGACCUGACGGUGAAGUUCUGGAGUGUUCGGCGGUUACCCGGGGGCCGACCCUAGGACUGAGGUCAGAGGACAGCCCGACCCUCAGCCCCCAGCAGCCUGGACAGCAUGGAGGGGAUGCCAUGGCCGACGGGGCCAGCCACCCCGGGGACAGAAGGGGUGGGUGAUGGCUGUGGCCCCUCCCCUGCCAUGCUUCCCCUCCCUGACCUCCUGACCAUGGACACAACCCCAGUCCCUCCCUUGCCUCCUGUGGAGAGAGAGGUAUGGGGGGGAAUUUAAGCUGUGAAACCGAAGGGCAUUUCCCCUCUCGCUUCUCUCCCAUGGCCCCUUGGCCUCCCCGCCCCAACUGGCCAUAUUUCUCCUGCUGAGCUGGCCGAGCCCUCCCUGGAGCCCUGGGCCUGGGGGUGGCCCUGCAGGGGAGGCCAGGCAGCCCCCC